AUGGUGGCGAAUUGUGAUGUCUGCGGAUGGCUUGCUGCCAUUGGUGGCAUGCUAGCAUUUGGAACCUUUGGCGUACCAAUCAAGAGUGAAGCUGCUCGGAGUGUGGAUAUCGACCCACUUGUGAUGCAAACGUACAAGACAACCAUGUGCUUCUUGACAAGCUGGGUCGUUCUGCUGCUUGGAGAAGAGCUUAUAUUCACACCCUGGGGUAUUGUUAGCGGCUUGUUUUGGGUCCCAGGGGGAGUAGCAACCGUAUAUGCCGUCAAGAAUGCUGGUUUGGCUAUUGGCAUUGGAGUUGGAUCUAGUUUCAUUGUGUUGGUCAGCUUUACAUGGGGUAUUUUUGUAUUCGAUGAGUAUGUACACAGCCGGCUGGAUGCGUGUUUUGCAGUGGGGUGUAUGAUGUUUGGUUUACUGGGCAUGGCAUACUAUUCGGCCCCAUCUGUCUGUCAUCCAACACCUCAGCUAUUGCACGGAGACUGUGAUGGUAGCGAGGAAAGCCCGUAUCAUUCUUUGGAAACUGAUGAACCAAUCGUGGAAGAAGUGCAUUCGUUUCAUGACGAGGAGGAGGCGGAAGACGACGAACAAUCGGAAGACGGUGCAUUGGUCGAAGCCUCGAAUUCCGUUUCAGACAUGGUCAUACCAGAAACACAUACAGUUUGCUGUGGUAUGAAGGUUCAAAAGCGUACCCUGGGAAUAUUGGCAGCCAUGUUUUGUGGCAUCUAUGGUGGCAGUAUUAUGGCUCCCAUGAAGUUUGCUCCACCCGAUGCCAAAGGAACACACUUUUUGAUUAGUUUUGCCAUUGGUGCUUCCAUCGUGAAUUUGUUCCUGUGGGUUAUUCGGUAUUUGUUUCUGUUUCAACGCCAUGGUUCGUUGUCCGGCGCCUAUGGAGCGUUGCCUUCCUUUCAUUUCCGCAAAAUGUGGCUCCCUGGAAGCGCGUGUGGAAUCCUUUGGAGCAUUGGAAAUUUCUUUGCGACCAUUUCCGUACAGUUCUUGGGAGAAGGAGUUGGCUACAGUGUGGUGCAGGCUUCCAUGUUGGUGUCGGGAUUGUGGGGAAUAUUUUACUUCAAGGAAAUUGAAGGUAGAGAAACGAUAACCAAGUGGUUCCUAUCCGCCUCGAUCACAGUAUUGGGGAUUCUACUGCUAAGCUACGAGCAUCACGAAAAGUGA